AUGAGCAGUGAUACAGCUGAUAAGCAGUAUCAUGUGAUGAGCAGUCUACAGCUGUGCCUGCUUCUCCAGGGACAUGGGGUCGCUGGUGAGUACGCGCCACCGGCGGCGGGCUUCCGGCGCCCGGCUAGUGCCUGGGUCCCCUGCGCGCUGAAGGAGGAGCCGCCGGGACCCCUGCCCGGGUGGAGUCGGGAUCCGGGCCGCGCGCGCGCGCGGGCGGAGGGAGAGAGGCGGCAGCGGCGGCGCGGGGACGGUGGGCUCACCGGCACUCGCAACCCGCGGCGCAGCAGCCUGGCCGGCACACGCACACGCGCACGCCGCACGCGGCCCCCCUGCGGGCUCUGGGCCGAGAUCCGGGUCUGGACGCUGGCGGCCGGCGUGCUGCUGGCGCCGACUCUGGCGCUGGCGCUGUCGCCGGGCCGGGCGGGUGCCCCUAGGAGCAGCCGGCGGCCGGCGCGGGGCUGCGCUGACCGGCCGGAGGAGCUCCUAGAACAGCUGUACGGACGCCUGGCGGCCGGCGUGCUCGGCGCCUUCCAGCACACGCUGCAACCGGGCCCGCGCGAGCAGGCGCGCAACACCAGCUGCCCUGGGGGCCGGCCCGACUGGCGCUUCCGGCCGCCCACCCCGCUGCGCAGCGUGUCGCCCUGGGCCUACAGGCUGUCCUACGACCCCACCCGCUACCCUCGGCUCCUACCGGAGGCCUACUGCUUGUGCCGCGGCUGCCUGACCGGGCCGCACGGGGAGGAGGACCUGAGCCUUCGCAGCGCGCCCGUGCUGCUGCCCACCGUGGUGCUGCGCCGCACCCCGGGCUGCGCUGGGGGCCGUUCAGUCUACACCGAGGAGUACGUGGCAGUGCCUGUGGGCUGCACCUGCGUUCCCGCGCCCGACCACGAUGCGCCAGCCGAUCCCGGGGGGUACCGCGACGGAAAAGAGCGGACCCGGCACCCAGGCCACCAAGAGCAGGACAGGAACCUGCGCAGGCCUGUCCGUCCGGGAGCAGGACAGUGACCCGGGCAGGCCAAGCUCGCUGAUGUCCCAGCUUCUCGGCGCCGGCAGAGGGAACUGACGGGAGUUGGCCUAGAGUAGGGAAACUGGCCCUGGGACGGGGUACGUCAGGUGGUGGACGUGGCCAAGGCUGCAGACCCCGCCCCACUGCCCAGCCUCUCUCUGCAGGGGACACCAAUGCUAGGACAUGCAGGAGGCCACAGCCUCCACACGUAGGUAGGUGGUAGAUGCUUUUUAAAACAUUUUUAUAAAAAUAUAUACCCACUUGCUUUCUAUAGGGGCAGAAACUAUUUUUAUAUUAGCGAUUUUGAACCAUUAUAUAUUAUUUUUCACUUGACACUAGACGUUUUAUAAACCUUAUUUUCACUUCCUCUGCUAGGUUUAAGAAGCACAGUUGAACUCUUCAGAUAAACUCUUUUUGGCAGGUGCCUGAGUCUCUGAAGCCAGCCUGUCCCCAGUUGCCAGCACAACCAGAUGGACAGGGCUGAACCUGACAUGCCCAUCUGUCAGGUGCCAAUCUCCAGGGGCUGCUGGAGGAAUAAAAGGGAAGUGCGCAUCACUUGGGAACAGCCUUCAAAAGACACUGGUACCUCCCCACAUUUCUGCAUUCAGGGGCCAAUGACCCAAACUUCUGGCUGGACUGCAUCUCUUCUAUCAAGGCAAGUGAGGGAAAGGUGAGUUUUAAACUGGUUCCUUCUCUGACUGGAGAAGGAAAGGAACCAGUGUGGGAUUCUCAUUUACUUCACCAUGCAUUUCAUUGUUCUUGCUGUCCACCCCCAAACCAAACACAUAGAAACCUCCAAAUUGCCAGAAAAACUGCAAUUAUAAUCCCUUCGCUUUCUACUUAGAUUAUGGUUGUCUUGGCGCAAACCUUUGAUUUGGACUUACAAAGUCCCGCUUUGGUUUUUGCACUUAUGUGGUUAAGAUACAAGUUUAUUCCUGAGAAUACCCUCUGUGCAGACAGACCUACCAGAGAGCAUCACUCAGCCUUCCUCGCAGUCCCCAAGCUGGUGGCCACGUGCACUCUGCCGGCUGCAAGACAGACACAGGACACACCCAGGCCUACGUCAAGCUUUUCAGGUUGCGGGAUACAUCUAUAGGUCAUUCAUGAAAUCCAGAAGCUGAUCAGAAAUGAACAUGGGCUUAGCCCUGGCUGUCGUAGCUCAGUGGAUUGAGCGCGGGCUGGGAACCAAAGUGUCCCAGGUUCGAUUCCCAGCCAGGGUACAUUCCUGGGUUGCAGGCCAUAACCCCCAGCAACCACACAUUGAUGUU